CAUGUUUUUGAAUUGUUUGUUGUUGUCGAAGUGGACUGCAUAAUAUUUGUUGGACAACAAAAUGCAAUUGGAAAGUGUCCUAUCCUUUAUAUCCUGUUGCUAUAGAAACACCGAAAUCAACGCCAAAUUAUACGUGCAUACAUAAAUACAAACAAAACAGCUUUGCUUAAAUACCUCGAAGAACAUCAAGAGCUUACGAAUUUGUUUGGAUCAAACAGCGAGGGGAACGUGGCAACAAUGGAUGAAAUGAACAUAAAACCGCCACAACGGAAGUAUGUGUCCAUUUUCCGCAUCGAUGGAGAACCCAUAAUACCACCACUGAUGACUUCAGAGAAAAUAAGACAAAUGCAAAAGUACAAAGAAAAAGCCCUGAAAAUCGAACAACGUUUGAAAGAACAAAAAUUACAACAGACUACGAAGAAGACUACAAAUGCCGACAAUCUAAGUGAAACACCGCCACCGUCAUCCCUAUCAACAACUCUACCUGGAGAGGGGGGAUUGUCAUCGCAUCGUUCGCAGGAUUCAUAUGAUCGUCGAUUAAAAGAAUCUGAAGAAUCAAUGAUGAUGCUAAAAGAUAUAAUACGAAGACAAUCGGAACAAUACGAAUACAAUGCAACUGAAAAUGAUGAUAAGCUUAAGAAAUUACAAAAAUCUGAAACUCUUAUUUACGAUAAUUCUACAAAUGAAGUUAUAAAACAAUUACCAUAUGAUGAAGAGGCCAAGAUGAUACACCAUGCCAAAGCAAAUCAAGAAAAGAAUUUAAAAGAAAUAAGAGAAGAUGUCAAUGUUACCUAUACACUACAUAAAAAACCUUAUCAUUUAGAAUUAAUUGGUCUGAAUGAUACAGCAAAGGCGAUUCCCUCGAUAUGUAUUAAUCCACCAACACCAUUAAUGGGUAAUCGUUCAAUUUGUGAACCACUUUCAGCAAAUACUAAACGAGAUGGAUUCUUUGUUACCGAAACCAAACAUAUUCGACAACCUUUGUCCGAUGAUUCCAGUUCAGAUGAGAGUUUCAAUAGCAUGUAUACACAUAGUGAGAAGAAAGUACCACCGCCAGUGCCGGAGAGGACAUAUAAGUUACCACGUAGCUCUAAAAUGCAUGAUUUGAAAUCAUACAAUACAACAACAACAAAUGUUUCAGCCAAAAUUCAACAAUAUGAAGCUAUUCAUAAUGAACAAUCAACACCGCGUGUCACACCCAACUCCAGUCCCAAGAAAAAUAAUCAUGAAUCAUCGAUCCUGGGAACUCCAUCUGCAGUUAUGAGCCGUUCGGCCACAAGUCCUUCAAUAAAGUUGGGUUCAUCGGUAACAAGACCUCGGACUGCUAAUGAAUGUUCCCAAAUAUCACCGGAUAAUACCCUCGUUAGAUCUUCGUCCUUUACAUUGGAGGGUCCUUCGAAGGCAUUAAUCGAUCAUAUGCGACAACAACGUUCAGUAAGUGAUAGAAAUUCGUCAAAUGGCAAAAAUAAAACCCCCUCACCACCAGUUGUUGUAAAGAAAGCUCCAACACCUCCCUCCAGAUUGCACCGGGAUACGGUGGAGUCAAAGGCCAAACGUGUGCAAAAAGUAGAACUAAAACCCACACGGCAAAAAAUUCAACAAAAAAGUUCACAACAUAAAUUGGCUCAGGCUGCAGCUGCUUCUAUAUCACCAUACAAAUCAAAGAGUUCGCCAUUUCCAAAGCAUGGUAGUACAGUGAAUUUGUAUAAAACCAAAAAAUCUCCCUAUGAUACGCCAAACUCUACAAGGAUAUCUCCAACUACACCACUGUCUGGAAAAAGCACCAGCCAAACCAGGAAAUCCCCUCCACUGUCAUCUGCAUCAUCGUCGGCAUCAAGUCAACGAACGAUAUCCAAAUCUAAAUCCAAAACUAGCAUGCAAUCACAAAAGGACAACUCAAUGCAAGAUGCCCAAUCAGAAAAGGAAAUUCUUACUCAAAUGGAUAAAAUGCAAAAAGAGAAAUUCCUCAGAUUACUCAAACAACAGGAAGAGGAACAACGUAAACUGAAGGAAUCAUUUGAAAUGCAACAGAAAUUGCUCAUUGAACAAUUGAAUAAGGAAAUGACCUCCGUGUAUGUGACCACUACUCCCAAACAAUCAACAUCGAUGAAUUUCAAUGAAACAUCUUCUAGAAUUUCCCCUGAAGAAGAUACCCAAGAUACUCUUAACUUAUCACACGACAAUAGUUCCAUACUGCCCUUAAACCUUAGCCAUGAGAAAAAUACCUCAGUUCAUCCACAAGUGCCUCCUCUAGCUAUAUCGAAUUUAUCUUCAAUGGACCAUUCAAAUGCCAACACCUCAAUGGAAUCGACAUUUUCGACACGUUAUGGUGAUGGGACAUCUAUUGAUCAAACCACUUUCCGUACCGAAUCGAUGGCGGAAGACGACGACCUUCUUACACCCAUUGAGAAUCGUUAUACGCAAAGUAAUAAUGCAAAUUCGUCAUCACGUCGUCGUCUAUUUCCCCAAGAACAUAUGAUGAAUACACCAACAACGGCAAUAGAUUCCACCACGAGACCUCUGACCAUACAUUCCCCUGGCAAUAAUCAACAUUUACAGCAAUCUUUACAUCAGCAACAAACGAAAAAUAAAGGUUUCAUCAGUACAGUUCCAGCAACCAGUGUCAAUAGCAAACGGGAUGAUAUUCAUCAAAUGAAUAUUUUACAUGCUGCCGCCACGACCAUAAAUGCCUAUGCUCGUGGCUUUCUAGUAAGACGUCUCUUCAAAACGGAACAAAUUCAACGUAUCGUUCAAACUAUACACGAUACUUUGAUAUUUGUUUUAAAUUUACAUCUGGAAACUUGCGAAAAUCCAAAUGAGGCAAACAAUCCCACAAACAUCAAGCUUAAGGCCAGACUGUUACAGCAACUAUCUUCGGCCACACAAACAUUACAUUUGGUACUGUUUCAAACAUCUAUUAAGGAGCGAAUGGAAAUUAUAGCUCAAGAUAGGAAACGCAUCAAACACAAACUAUUAAUGACUAUGAGUCGAAAUAGUUCUGCCAGGAAAACUCCAAGAAUUCCAGUUUAAAGAUUCUCAAAGAAGCAAAUAAUUUGAAAUUUAUUUUAUAAUUGAAAUAAAAAAUGGAUUUUGCAUUAACAAAAAAGUAAUUCUGUCGCACAAAACACAAGCAUAUUGAAUUUACGACAAAACACAAUUAUUAAUAAUAUUUAUAUUUUCUAAACAUAUUUAACAAAAAGUGUGAAAUGAAUAACAUGAGUUUGAAACUCUGUAUUUCUUUCUUUUACUGAAAUAAAAUA